AGUUAUUUGCAAAUGAAGAAAGGGGGAAAGACAGUUGCGUGUACUAAUAUGAGGGAAUGUGAGGAUGGACUGGCCAUCUGGGUCACUCGCAAUGAGGGAUUCCAUGACUUCGAUAUGGUUUUGUGGGAGAGGCUUAGUUUAUUAUUGAGAAGCAUGGCAUUGGUUCCUGCCAGUAGACCCUUCUAAUUAACCGGCCUGAAGAGAUUAGAGGGUUCUAAAAUAAAGUCGACUGGAAAAUGUCUACGUUCCAGGAAUCAGAAAGACUCUCAAGGAAUGUCGCGAGCUGGUGUUUUCCACCAUCGAGGAAGACGGACUUACCACCGCACUCCAGCAACUCAGGAAAAUUUAUACGCUGGUAUUUGACGAACGAAAUGCCAGCUUGACAACCAACCAGCGGCAUGAUAGGCACGUCACCAAAGCUUAUGAGGUGGAAAUGACCAGAGCUGCGCGGAAACUGCUCUGGAAUUCAACCUAAACUACAAAUAUAACUAAGAGAUUAUGGGGAAGUAUCUAUUUUCUUGGCCGAUUGUGUGUAAUACUAGAAGUUAUAAAGGAUGCCGUGUCAAAUAUAUCUAGUUUUACGGAGGCUGCUAUCAUGCUCGAUGGAGACAGCGGUCCGAACCGAGAGCCCUCUCAAACAGACCCCCUAUCACUCAAAGAUACCCUCCAAUUACUGGGCGCAACUCUCAACAACGCCACUGUCAAAGACGCCCUUGGCUCGAAAUGGUCUAUUGGGAGAACGCAGGCAAAGUUUGCCGCCUUGCAUAAAGAAAAGCCUAGGAUACACGCAGAAAUCCGAAUCGUUCUGAAUCUUUUUGAAAGCAAUGAACUCCGUGAUAUUUUCCCUUAUUCUGGAUGCAGUAAGAAGAGCUGCACCAUGUGCUGGCAUUUUGUACAGAUCACAUCCAGACAUGGAGAAGUGGAAAUUGAACUAGAGCGGGAAAGAGUGACUGCAACUUUUUCAAGGCUGUCUAUGGAGGAAGAUCGGUUGAAGGUCGCCAAUGAUAGACUCCCAAACCGGAAGGACGAACCCUACCACGAUGAAUGCUACUCUUGCGGCGCUUUGACUUUGCGGAAAUAUAGCGUCUGUAACAGGGACUUUUACUGCAGUAAAGCGUGCGAAGAAAAGAGGAAUAGCUAUCAUCUCUUCUUUUGCGCAAAGAUACCCUUGACACCAGCAGACUACCUCUUUAGAGAUGUUCUCAGGGACAGAAUGCUAUAGAUGAACAUGUCCUCACCAAGUUUGAGUUCAAUCGGCUACCAUCGCCCACGGAUAGAACUAAAU